CGCUUCUCGCCCGACUUCCGGCAGUGUGUAUCCAUCUGUCUCGUCCCAAACAAGAUUGGGCAACAUGGUUCGCAGAACGGACCCAGCGCGGCGGGUGACGGGCGGACUUUGCAAGACUAGCCCUCCGCAGGCUAAACCUGAGGCCGCCUCCAGACCCUCCCGAGAUCCCCGAGACUCUGACUCGGCCAUGGAGUCUUCUGAGAGUGACGACGAGGGCGGGAUGGACGAACUGGUGGCGAUGGCAAGUCGGAGCAUGCGGGCCAAGAUGGCGGAGUCAGCCUCAGCCACGAGUUCGGCCGCCGCUGCCGAGGCGGGAACGUCGGCAGCCGCAUCUGCCGCCUCGUUCAUGAUCGACAAGCGGCCCUCGGCUGAAGAGGAGGAGCAGACCGAAGUCAUCGUACCCGAUUUGUCGGGCCCGAAGCCUGGAAAGUCUUCGUGGCGCAAGAAACAGAUUCAGCUCUCGUCUGAACUUGACCCUGGCAUUGAUGUUGGGGAGACGUACCUGAACCUGGGCAGCCAACACCCGACAGCAGAAACAGACACCAUGAAAAACAUCCUGAUGAAGGAUAGGCAGGAUGAAGAGAUAAUGAAGAAGAGUGUGGUGACCCCAGACUUUGAGCAGAAGCACAGCGUACCUCCUUACAAGGAAACUGUCAAGCAGAUGAAGAAGAAAAGAAAGGAGGAACGUGAGGCAACAACAGGCAGGAAAUGGUUUGAUAUGAAGGCUCCUGAACUGACAGCUGAAACUAAGAAUGAUCUGGAUGUGCUGAAGAUGCGCAAGGUUUUGGACCCCAAAAGAUUCUACAAGAAAAAUGACCGAGAAGCAUACCCCAAGUACUUCCAGAUGGGCACAGUGGAGGACAGCCCGGCUGAGUUUUACCGCUCACGGGUACCAAAGAAGGACAGGAAGGCAACCAUCGUGGACGAACUCCUGGCAGAUGCUGAAUUCAGAAAGUACAACAAGAAGAAGUACUCGGAUGUUCAGGAGAAGCUGAGGAAGAAGCGCCCAUCCGGAGCAAGUAGACACAUGAAGAGACUGAAGAAACAGAAGUGAUGAUGAGGAAAUGCCUGCUGGUAACGUGGUUCUGGAUGGUUUCAACCCAUCCUGGGAAAUGUUGCUCCCAUUUGGGCCAUUGUCAUUUUUCUAAAAGAUAUGUAGCCACAUUCCUUGGAAAGGAGAGGACUGAGAAGCUUAUGACUGAACAAAGAAAAUGUAUAUCUUCUUGUAAAUAUAUAAAAGUUGUCCUUUUUGUAGUACAAAUGUAUGUCGGGUACCUGUGGUCACUUUGUGCAGUGAUGGUCUCUGCUAAUCUCUUGUCAUUUGCAUUAUCCGAGAAUAACUGAACCCUAACAAGAAAGGGUAGCACAGCUGCAUUGUUCAGGGUAGCAGUGGGCAUAUAUAUUUGAAAAAAAGGAAGUAUAUACAAUGUGUUAAGGUUUCUGUCAAACUUAGAUAUGAAUGCAGAUUAUCAAUGCAAUUGAUAUUUUCUAUACUAUAUACCUUUGGAUGGAUAUUUAUUCCUAUCUUGCAAUUGUUCAACCAGAAAAUGAGAAGUGGACAGGCAUGAUGAUUACGUACGUACAUUGUAGUGCGUUGAGGUAUGUUGUUGCAGAUCUUUGUGAAGAGGUGUUUUUUGCCAGGUCAGAGUGGAUUUAAGUGCAUUGAGUAUAAAAUAGCUGUCAAGAUGUACAUAGCUAUCCUUCAGACGCAAUGAGUGCUCAUGGCAGAAACUUCCUAAAACCAUCCUAAAUGUAUCAAUAUUUCUGUUAGUGCCAUCAGAUUAUUAAAGCAUUUUAUAACACAUAAAUUC